AUGACACCUUUUCUGUUGUUUCUCAUUGCAUUAACUGGUGUGGUGGAGGGGCAGGGAUGGCGACCAUGGGAUCGGUUCAACCAUGUUAGCAACUUUGGAACCUGGGGAGGUGGUGGAUGGGACAAUAGAAACCGAAACCCGUCUCCAGAACCCAGAAAUAUCCCUCCACCGGUCCCACCACCAGGUUUCCAUGGUGGUCCUCGGUUUGGAGGUAAUAUAAUUAAAAUAACGGAAAUCAUCGAUAUUGAUAAGAAGGCUGGAGAUAUUUUGUCGGAUUUCAAGGACUUCCACAAGAAACAUAAAAAGCUGGGACGUAAAGAAUGGCAUAAAAAUGUUAAACAAUUCUGUCACAGAUUCCCAGGACAUCCAAAUUGCAGACGAGGAAAAAUCCCAGAUCAAAAGGAACUUGAAGAAAUGAUUGGGCAGUUCAAUAAAGGAGGAAUUGGUAGAUUCUUGAAACGAGUUCCAAAAGUUUACAUUGAAGACCCACUGGCUCGAGUUGACCCAAAACUGAAGGAACUUCUUGAAAACACAAGUCGCGGUUUUGGACAUUUGAAUGCAGAAAACGUGAAUAAAUUAAGAGACAUCUGUAAAAGAAGAAAGUGUAGAGAGCAACCAGAAUCUGCUAAGAAGACAAGAGAGUAUUUUACACAAAAGCUAGCCGAUUUCGAAACCAAGAUUGCUGGAAGAGAUAAAACUGAUUCUGUCCAACUCAGAUUUGAUAGAACCCUCCAGAUUAAGGAAGCUCUUCUGGAAAAAGGAAAUUUGACAGCAGACAUUGCGCCUGUAGAUAACGGAGUUUAUGACUUGGACACUAUGUUGACUGAAGAGCAAGCCAAUAUUCUGCUCAAUGAGUUGAACAAGGCAGGAGUUGGAAGUGAUGAGAUCCCAUUGCCAGAAGCAGAUGAUGAUAGUGAUGAUGACAAUGAUGCUUCGAACUCUACAGAUUCGGCUACAGCUGCUCCUGGAGCACCUGCUCGGCAUAGGAAGUCGGCAUUAUAUUUUGAAGGAAACCUGAUCAAAAAGUGGGAUCCUAGCUCUCCGAUCAGAUAUGUACUUGAUAGCUCUCUAGAAAACCUCGACAAGAAUGAUGUGCGUGCAGCAAUAUACGAAAUCGAGAAAAAUACGUGUAUUCGAUUUAAAGAACUUGCCUCACCCCCAACCGGAUCUCAUAUUGUCUAUUAUAAAGUAGACAGCCCGACUUUCUGUGGUUUGUCAUACGUGGGACGUACCGACCCAGCCAACCCAAUUUAUUUAAGUUUUGGAUGUGAAAAUAACAAGGGAGUUGCUAUUCAUGAAACUAUGCAUGCCCUCGGAGUUGCUCAUCAACACCUUCGAAAUGAUCGUGAUCAGUUUAUCACUAUCAAUUGGAGCAAUAUCGAUCCACAGCAGUAUGAUGCGUUUGUAGUGGUAGAUUCGAAACUCUACACGUCAUAUGGAGUCAAAUAUGCCUAUGACAGUAUCAUGCACUACAACGGUUACACUGCUGCUCAAAACAUUGCCAUUCCUACCAUGAAUCCGAAAACCAACUCUGCUACUAAUCUCCAAAUCCUUGGGCAGCGUCAAAAAAUGGGAGCAACGGAUAUUGAGUUACUCAAGAAAAUGUACUGCCAACCAAACUGCGAGGAUAAAAAUGUAUACUGUGGAGCGUGGGCUCUCAAGGACUUGUGCAAAAACCCGGGACAUGACCAGUAUAUGGCCGCCAACUGCAGAAAGAGUUGCAAUUUGUGCGCUCUUGGUGGAUAA